AUGAAGACAUCACUCGUUCUCGUGGCGGUUUGCCUCGCCGUCGGCGCCCUCGCUCAAGACGAUGCCAAGGGACCAAAAGUGACCGAUAAGGUCUACUUCGACAUGGAGAUUGGAGGAAAGCCAAUCGGACGCAUCGUCAUCGGACUUUUCGGAAAGACCGUGCCAAAGACCGCCGAGAACUUCAUUCAGUUGGCCCAGAAGCCAAAGGGCGAAGGAUACCCAGGCAGCAAAUUCCACCGUGUCAUCGAGGACUUCAUGAUCCAAGGAGGAGACUUCACCCGCGGCGACGGAACCGGAGGACGAUCGAUCUACGGAGAGAAGUUCGCUGAUGAGAACUUCAAGCUGAAGCACUACGGAGCCGGAUGGUUGUCGAUGGCCAACGCUGGAGCUGACACCAACGGAUCGCAAUUCUUCAUCACCACCGUCAAGACGCCAUGGCUCGACGGACGUCACGUUGUCUUCGGAAAGGUGCUCGAAGGAAUGGAUGUUGUCAGAAAGAUCGAGAAGACAGAGAAGCUGCCAGGAGAUCGGCCAAAGCAGGACGUCGUCAUCGCCGCCUCCGGACACAUCAAGGUCGACACCCCAUUCGCUGUUGAGCGUGAAGCUGUUGUCUAA